UCAGCUCCUCCAACACGAAACCUUCCUCACUUUUUCACUCUUCUUCUCUUCCUGCUGUCAACAAUUCUGCACAUUUUGAUAAUCAAUCAGUAAUUAAAAUUAACUAACUAGCCCCCCCCCACAUUCCAAUUAGGUGAUUAAUUAAGUAGUUAACUAAAUAUUUAUUCGUGGAAGUUUUUAAAUUAAUUGUGAUAAGAAAAUUAGAUAGAACCGGCUCAAAAAAGACACGUCGUCAAGUUUGUGAUGCCUUGAAAAUUUGGACAAAUUUCCAGUGUUGCUUUCUAGUCCCCUUGUGAAGGAAAAGUUAUUAAGGGCCGAAGGGUCCUCGACGUCGUCACGAUGUUCAAGCUGGAGUCGUACGUAACUCCCUAUAUUCUCGCGUAUUUGGGAAAAUACUUCAAAAAUUUCGAUCCGGCCGAUUUCCAGAUGUCCUUAUGGGGCGGAGGAGCGCUGUUUCAAAAUCUGAAUUUGGACCUGCAGGUGCUAGACGAGGAGCUGAAUCUGCCCGUGUCCUUCAUUUCCGGUCACAUCCACGGCCUCAAAAUCACCGUCCCCUGGACCAAGGUCACCUCAGAACCUAUCCAAGUCCAUGUCAACACCAUCGAAGUGACCCUGCGCCUGAAGCGCCUCGACGGGGUGGCGAUGCCCACAUCGGGUGAGGAUACGACGACCCCCGCGACCGUGGUGUCGCCCGGACUGACGCCGCAAGAGCAGCCGCCCCCACCAACACCGUCCGCCCCUCCGUCCGGCUACAUGCAGGGCUUGAUCGCCAAAAUCCUGAACAAUGUGCACGUGACGUUCGAAAACGUGAUCGUGAAAUACAUCGAGGAGGACAUCGUGCUCAGUUUAAACAUUAAAAAAGCCACCUACGCCACGGUGGAUGACAAUUGGGAGGGUGCUUUCGUAGAUUUGACAGCGCCGGAUUUUAUCCUUCGGAAGAAAUUUCAAUUUCAAGACUUGACCAUUUGUCUGGACCAGGCAAACACGACCGGAGAGAUUGAGACUUAUCAGGAGCCGUUCCUGUACCGCUGUGCCUUUGAGAUCCGGAUAUUUCAAAUGUUCAAGAGUGCCUUCUCCAAAACGGCCGCCUUCACCCGCAUGGACUUCCACUUUGACCACAUGCUCUUCUCCAUCACCGACGAACAGGUGCCGAUGUUGAUCCGAUUGUACAUUCUGCUCCAGUCGCUGCUUCAAGUUCCGCUGACUUCCGUCCCUCUCGAAGUGACGGGGUCGUCCUCGCGGCGGCGGAGGCGGUCACAUGGAGCGAAAAAACCUCGCCAACAGCAAAACAUGUUCCCAUUCCGACCACAAAACUAUGCAAAUCAGCGCCAAUCAGAAGAUGAAGAAGUAGACUCUAGUUCCUCGUCUUCUGCGCCAGGCUGGACGGCAUGGGCGAUGUCGUGGCUGCCGCCAAUUUCCACCUUUUUGGGCGACGAGUACGAAGACGGCGACGUUUCGGAGGAGUCCUCGUCCACCUCCCUGACCCCCCACCAGUCGUCCUCUUCCCUCCUCCUGUCCCCACAAAAUGGGGGGAGCAACGAUGGGGGCGCCGAGGAUGACGACGACUACUACGACGAGGAGGACGAAGACCACCCCUCCCGCCGCGUGCACCACUACGGCUUCUUCGUCAACGAGAUCAACGUCAAGUUCAAGGCGUUGGAGCGCCCGACGCGACCGCAGCACACGGGGCGACCUGGGCGCGUGAAAUUCAUUCCGUUUAUGAAGCUGCACUUUCAGGGGGUCAUUGUCGACAUGGUUUUCCGCGGGGAGGAGGCCAACCAUCAAAUGGGGGCGGCUUAUUGCUGCCUAAUUCCGCUGGGUUUCUGUCCGUGCGGGAUCGUGGACGGGGACGCGAGUCCUAAAGAGUCUUCGGAAGCGAGCAGUGUGGACGGCGAUUCCGCGGCGGCUGCUGUUCCUCCUCCUCCGCCUCCGCCCAUCGCGACGCCGGACGACGCCGAGCCGCCACCACCACCACCGCCAAUCAAUCAGUACCUCACCGUCGGGCAGAGAAACCCCGACUACGCCAAAGACUCCAUGUUCCUAGUCACCGACGGAUUCGGCUCCAACUUCAACUACAAUUUUAAACUGGAUAAGCAUGUCGAAAAUUAUGACACUGACGCCAUGCUGGAGCGCACUCCCGCGAUCGCGAUCGAUUAUCUGUACGCUCGUCGUCCCAGUGAACCCGGGGACGCAGCCGCGGAUUACGUUGAUUUGGCUCGGACGAAGCUGCUGGUUCGGCUGGUGCUGGGGGAGUCGACGUUGUCCGUGUCGUCGGGGCUGCUGCACCGCCUCAAACUCAUCUCCUACGCCAUCGACAAUUACUCGUACGAACCCUACGGCGAGAUCCAUCGACUCAUGACUUCAUCUCCGACUGGUGGCGCCGCGUCGCCGCAGCCUGUCGACUACAGCAGUCCUCGUCUCGCGACGACUGCCCCGCUGGAUUACGCGCUAUAUCGCCACGCCCCCAUCGCGACGGACUCGUAUGAAGUGACGAUCCUCUCACCCUCCGUCCAACUUUGGGCCGCGGACCAUCCCGAGUACGACUUUGAGUCGCGAGAAGCGCACCUCCGUCAGCGGCGACGGAUCCGCACGACGACGCCCUUCUCACAAGUGAUGCCCAACUGGCCGAAACUGACCAUUUCCGCGGAACAGGUGACCAUGUCCAGGACCGAACCGAAUACCCGGGUUCGAGCCCUGGUCGCCAGAGCGAUUGAGGGUUCCAUCUCCACGCCGAGGUUACUGCGGGAUGUGCUCCUAGUCUUAAAGAGGGCGAGAACCAUGCAGGUUGACAAGGUGCGCCUGGACGUGACGAUCGGGGCGGAGGAGGUGACGGAAAUCGUGUCCCCGUCGAAUUUCUCCAUCUCGCAGAAGACCCUGGACAGAAGGGACGUUUACGCGGAGGACGACGUCACCCUCAGUGAAGAAGCCUUCUCUUGUGAUUCGUUCCACAUGUCCACCUCGUUUAUUGAGUUGACCCUGUGUCACGUGAUAGUGACGUCCACCCUACAAAACGUGGAACGCUACUCGGAACACUUGACGACGUCGACGCUGCUCUCGGACCUCGUCGCGGAAGAGCACCGUUCUUCCCGCCUCUCCGUAACGAUGCGCGGCCUGGCCUGCAGCCACGCGGUGACAAAAUCCUACGCCUCGCAGCGCGCCGUCGUCACCAGUGUCGAAAUCUUGCUGGACGACGAGAUGCCCAUUUUCGUGGCGCCGAUCAACAAGGAGGACAGUUUUCUGCUCGCGGUGGCGCAAUAUCCGAGGAUGAAGAAGCACGUGGCGCACGGAGAUGAGCACGACCACGUGGCGGUGCGACCCCACUUGGGCAUCGUGCACCGAAUUCGACCAUCCUCCCCGUUGCCGCCGGUCCUUUGCCCGGUUCUUGUGGUGCACGUGGCGCCCUGGAAGGCCACCUUGGACAACAGAAUCUUCACGUGGUUGCAGUACUCGCCACGAAUCGUACCCUCCAUGAUUACUCAAGAGGUCAGGAUGGCGAGAGAGAUCAAGGUGCCACUUCGUCCGAACUCGUGCAAUUCUUCGUCUCGUGGAGGAGACACGUCAUCCCGGAAAUCGUUCAGUCGUCAAUCCGACAUCGCGGAGGAGUUGCGCGGAGCAGCAUCGUCACGACCUUCGGGUGGUUCGACGACGUCCUCUUCGCUACCCGGGUAUCAGCUGACGACAAGACAGCCACUCCUCCUCAACCAGGCAACAGCAACAACAGAGGAGGAUGCGGCGGUGGAAUGGAUGGAGGCCUACGUCACGACGUUCCUGACGCAUUUGAAGAACGCCACGAUUUCGAUAUCCGUGGCCGUGGGGGAAGUCUGGUUUCCGGUGGGGGGUGAAAAAUGGGUGGUGCUCGGGACGCCCAGAAUUAUCCGGGGGAAACGUGGCGGAAAGAAGAGUGAGAGUGGGGUGGAGACGGUGGAUUGGGGAAGUGUUGAGUUGCCGGUGAAGGUGACGAGUGGAGUCCAAGCGACCAUCUUGCCGAUCCACUUGUCGCUGGAUGACAUGUAUUUCGCGACGACGACGUCCCCCUCCGCCAUUUCGGGUGAGAGCGACCUCUGCUGCGCCAAGUUUUCCGCCUCCGUCGGCCUCACCCUGUCCAAACGGAGGGAAGACAAUGAGGCCACCGUCACCACGGUCCACGUGACCUGCGACGUCGACAACGUCACCGUUUCUCUCUCGGAAGAACACGUCGCCACAUUAACCAAAUUAGUGGACCAAGCCCUCCUCUCUACAACCUUGUACCCCUCCGUCUUCCCCAUCUUUCCUCGCAUCCCGCCCGACGAUUACUAUUCCACCGCCGCCGGCGCCGCCACCACCACCGGCAGCGAACAUCUCGGCGACGAAGCGAAAUCUGAACGGAGCACUCAUUCAACCGCGCCACACGCGCCACCGCGACACACCGGCCGCCCCCACAGUUCCUCCGAUCUCGACAACUUUUCCAUCUCGUCCGAACCUCCCCCACCACCACCACUACCACCACCAUUACCACGUGCCCACCACGUGCUUCCAAUGACCACGUGCUUCUCUCUACAAACUAACAUCUCCUCGAUCUCAACCUCCAUCACGUGCUCGUCCUCCUCCUCUCCCACGAAACUGACCCUUGAACUGAGUGACCUUUCGACCUCGGUCACCGUGCGGGACGUGUACUUAAAACUGAGCCAUAAAACGGGUCAUUUCCGCAUCCUGAACCACGUGCCAGACGUGACCACGGCCGGCGGCUGGAAAGCGGGUCCCUGUCAGGGAAUCAUUCUCACUUCGGCCGACGACGACCUGACCCGGGACAUUUCCCCGAUGGAAGACUCCUUCAAUAAGAGAAAAGAGGGGGAAAUGUUCACAGCGCGCAUUUCCAAUCCGAGCGUGACCCCGCCCCCGCAAAAGAAGACGAUGGCGGAACCGGGAACGGGACAGGCCGCAUUUUCUGUGAAUUAUACCCGCGUUUUGGCGUCCAAUUGUCACGCGAAGGCGGGCCUGACAACGUCGCCGUAUGCGAAAUGGAUCGCGACGCUGGAUAAGUUUGCGGCGACGGGGGCGACGGGACUUUCGAGUCAAGAUUUGGCCCCAGUGGACGGAGAAGAUGCCCGGUUUCUGGCGGAGAUUGAUGUUUCGGUGAGGACGGUGGAUGUGGUGUUUAACCCGGGUGUUUUUGCGGGGUUUACGGACAUGGUGGAUGAUUUCGUGGGGGUGGUGACGAAGACGGAAGAGGGGGAUGAAGAGGGGGAUAAGAAGAAGGAUGUGAUUCCCGGGCUGAAUAAUAACACGGUCCCGCUCUUCUACCUGGUCACGGAGAAUAUCCGGGUUUUUGUGCAGGGCGCGACGAAGAAUAAUCGAGACCGGUACAAGUCUCAUUUGCCGGACUUCUUUCUACUCGAGUGUGCCGGGAUAAGGGUGGAUUCGCAUAACGACUACCCCCUGAACCGCACCCUCAUUUCGCCACUACUCUUCCACCUCGGACAGAAAGCCCGGAUCCUGGAAAUCCCGGGCUCCCCCGUGGAAGACCGGCAGUACCAAGUCCUCCUUUCGGGGGUCACGGCGUCCACCGGGUUUUGGGCGGAGGUUGCCGCCAAGUCGACCAAACACGUGGUCCGGUCCUCCCUGCAGCUCAAGACGCAAGGCGAAAAUCCCGCCCUGGAGUGGAACAUUCGCACGAUGGACACGACGGGACCGGACGUGUCGACCUGCCCGCUCCUCGCGCCUCUCGACGUCACCCUCGCGCUCGCGCCGGCCAUGGUGUACGCGAGGGAUGUCGCGUCAACGAAGUCGUCGCACCUGAUCGCGGGCCACGCGGCGCAGCUGAACCUCCUCUCCGACGUCGUUGUGACGCUGAACGUGGACCAGAUCGAGUCCUGGAAGCAGAUUGGGGAACAAAUUGGAAAUCUUCAAGUGGGGGGUAAAAAGGGGACGAGUUAUGUGACGAAGAGGGAUGAGGAAAGGGAUGAUGAUGGGAUUAGUUCGGCGUCUGUGAUGGGGUUGAGUAGGUCGAUGGAUGUCGUCUUUAUAGAGUCGAGUCAGGAAGGGAGUCUGGAUUCCGGAUUGAGCCACACGGUGAAGCUGAUCCCCUCUGUGGAAACCUUGUUCAAAAAGCAGUCCACGUGCUCGCCGCGCACCACGAGGUCGAAGGAAUCAAUAUCGACGAGCAAGUCGAGUAACAAUAAGUCAGCCACGAUAACGCCGUUCGACUUCCUCCUGUCGUCGGGGGUCAUCCACGUGACGAUGUACGACUUGCAGUACAACGUGGUCAACGCGGUGGAGAAGGUGUUGCCGCUCGUGUCGAUGGUCGCCAUGCAGCCGCACGUCGUCCUCUCCGUCUCCCAACACUGCCAAAAGUUUGAGGUCUCCUUGUUCGAGUUGAGCGUGAAGCUGGGAGCGGAGGAGAUUGAUUCGACCUGGAUCCCGAGCCGGUCACAUUUUCCGCACCGUCUUUUUGAAUCGAUCCGUGGCGUGCGGGAUCCGAAGACGGGCAUCGUUCCGCCACUCCUCAACUUUAAAAUAUCCGACUUUUUAUCGCACCCUUGCACCAUUUUAUGCGACAUCCGGCGCCCGAUCCGUGUCGAAAUGGGGCACGCGAAACUGACCAACUUGCUGCGAAUUUUGCCCUACCUGCUGGACAGCGGGGCGCCACUGCACCGCACGGACGCGCAGGUGAAGCUGAUCCACCCGUCCGAACUGGUCGAGCAGAACCGUCGCUACCAGACGGAGCUGAGACAACUCCUGGGCCACGUGGGAACCGCCACCUUCACGGCGUCACAACUCGUUCUUGUCUUGGUUGAAGAACCUGCCGCCCUCACUUUCUCCAUCGGAUCGGCUCGUGUCAAUGCGAGCGUGCAGCGCAAACCAGCGGCCACGACGAGUACGACGGCGACGGCGCCAAUAGCAGCGACGACAACCACCAUUGAAGCUGAGAACGUGGCAGCCAUAAUUGUCGUGGAGUCGGUGACUGUGAGCAGUAGAUUGAGCGAAAGAACGUCUCCCGUGGUGACAGCGUUUAGCACGACUUUGGACGUAAAAUUAGGCUGGACUUCGGGUCUGGAUUACCCGAUCACGACGAUGAACGUGCAGCUGGACCCCAUCUCCAUCUUCGUCGGACCACAAAACAUCCUCUGCGUCCAACAAGUCCACGCCGUCUUUCAAGAAUAUUUCGACGAAAUAACGCUCGUGGAAGAGGAGAUAAUCGACAUAAUGGAGCACUACGAGCCGACUGGAUGCAAAAUGAUAUGCGACUCGUACGAAGACGACCUGCGCGCGGGUUCCUUCCACCUCGUCCGCCAUCCCGUCUCCUACGCGCUUCCGCGCCCUUAUGAGAUCCUUUGCUGCCAAAAAGCGCGCACGUUGACGUGGCGCUACCCACAACAUCGCGUGCUCACGUGUGUACAAGCCUCCCCCGUUCCACUGCCGGAUCAUAGUUCGGUCCCCGCUGAGACGACGACCGCGACGACGCCAACCACGCCACCCGAGGUCGUCGAAUUGGACUGCAUCGUCGAAUAUUGGGACGAAGCGAUGUGCGACUAUCGUUAUUUUGGAGCGCUCACGCUGUCAGAAGUGGCCGGAGCGCGGUGCACAAUUCCGGCGCGGGAGAAACUACACAUUUAUAGCGCGGCGGUUUGGAGGAUUAAAAUAUUGACGGCGGUUCGAGAUUCUGACUGUUCGGAACCCGUUCGUCCGGAAAUGUUGGCGGCGUGCGUGAAGGUGGACUCGAUCCACGACUCGAGCUUGACGUCGAGGUUGAAGGUCUUCCUCGAAGUGCCAAGAAUCAAUCUCCACUUUGUCAACAAUUUCUACUUCUCGGGACAAGGUGCCUCGUCCCUCCUUCCGGCAUACAGUCGCGCCUCGAUUGGCUUAUCUUCCUCCCAGUGCGACCAGACUUUCGCCACGCUGUGCCUCGAAUCCAACUCGAUGUUGCUCUCCAUCUGGGCGAAACAUGCGACCGUGGACGUGACGGCGUUCGUGGAUUUGCACGUCCUCGACACCGAAUUCCUGACGAUGGCGCGCGUCCUGUCGCCCGCCCUGCUGCACACGAGCCUCUCCCUCUUCGAGGCGCCCCACUCGACCAAAGUCCACUCAGAGGUGGAGCUCUUCUGGCGCGAGGUCGAAAUCCGCGUCGGCGCCUCCGCACUCCACACAAUCUCGACAGCGGGAACGGUCUGGACACAACUCUUGGCCGCCUGGGAUGGACGACGCAUCCAGCUCAGAGAUACGAAAAUGAUGGAAUCGGUCAACGUGUCGCCCGUCUUGGUCUUGAACACUCUGCCGACGGAGCUGCGUUUCCACCAGUGUGCAACAGACAGCUCGCUCUACAUCGCGCCCGGCUCCGUGGCGCCCUUCCACUGGGCAACCACCAGAUCAAAACCAGUCUGCAAGCUGGCCGUCAAGUUAGUAACGGACGCGAAGAACUGGACGUUUUCCGCGCCCUUCGACCUGAAGCGGGAUGGAGCGCUGGUGCGGCGCGUGGGGUCCUCGCAACACAACUUAUUCCUCCAGAUCCGCCCCUUUUCCGGGAUGCAGCGCGUGGUGACCGUGUCCGGCGCGCUGCUGACGGCGAACGCGCUGUCGAAGCGGAUCCAAGUCGCGGUACUGCCGACCAACAAGAGUGUCGAGACGGGGUGGACGCUCCCCCCGAAUGGCGGAUAUGGAUCGACGCAGCUCUUCAAUUUGGGGGAAAUCGACCACUUCCGGUUUAGAAUUGUGCGGGAGGAGGACGGACAACAGCCGUGGAGCGGGAUUGUGACGCCGGAACAGCUCAGGGCGAAGACCAGGGUGCCCUUGGCAUUAUUUGAAGAAAUUGACGGCGCUCUGGUAACAUUUUGCGUGUGGGUUUCCCUCAUCACGGAAAUGUUGGAGGAGGCGGAACGAUCUUUGAUGGUGCUGUGUCCGUACUUCCGCGUGCAGUCCUUCCUGCCCACGUCGACGUGGGUGAACGUGUCGCCGAAGCAGGUGGGCGGGCCGCGCUCCGUCAUCGGCGACUGCCUCCUCCCCGGAAUGGGACAGGAGCUCGAGAUCCCCUUCACCCAGGGACACGACGUCGCACACCAUCUCACUCUACAAACUAGCCGGACGAGUACCGCUUCGACGCCGUCGAUCCCGCUGCUUCCGGAAGGUCCAAUCCUGACCAUGACGCCGAACAACCCGCCGCCGCCUUCCAUCGACCAAAUCAUCUCCACCAUCUCUGCCACCAACUUCGGCUCCUGCGUCAAACCACGUGACGAGGCGGAUGUCCCCUUACGCUGGCCCUUCGUCAAAGAAAACCUCCCCCUCGACGAGUGGAAUGUGGGCGAUCAGCCUAAAACAGAGUUAGAGGUUGAGUUCACCCCCUGGAUUCCGGGCCUGCCCACGGUGCGUCUGCAGUUCAAGCCGUGGGCGCUGAUCGUGAACUUGACGUCGGAGGAGGUGUACUUUGGUCAGUGGUUGUCCCCCGCGGUUGAGGGGACCGAGGCGUCCUUCACCAUCCCGCCCAAGACGGUCUUCUCCCCCACAAAGAUGUCCUUUUCCGAGGGCAGAUUCCGCCUCGGGGUCGAAUUAGGCGGGGAGCUCCUGCUUUCGGAGAAAUUGCGCUUAUCUGAGGAGCAGAGACGGACGGAUAUCCACCACGUCAACUUGGAUAACGUCCUCCCUCUCAAUAGCUUCAGUAGAUUGGACCUCGUCUCGCAAACGGGGCAGCACCAGAUUGGUUACAUCACGAUCGAGACAUGUUGCACGGAGAAGAUGCUGCUCCUCGUCCUGCGCCCCACCUUUUCCGUCAUCAACAACUCUGGCGUCGCUCUGUUCGCGCAGAGCAUCGCGAUUUCCUCCCCGUCGCAGCAGGCGCGCGGCGCGUGGGGUGAAGAGAAGCUGUCCUCCUACGCGUACUCCCUCCUCCAAAAGAAUGACGACACAAUGGCGACGACGACGACGCCCACGCCGAUCGCGGUGCCGCUGCUGCGCUUCAUCACGGACUCGUCGCCCACGGACUACGCGCCGCACGACCGGAGUGUGAAGUACUUGGCGCUCGCGUGUCCCGGCGGCCCCUGGUGGUUCGUCCAGCUCAUGGACUUCAGACUCAUUUUUGACAACAUGGACUCCAACCAGGGCCUCCUCGCGGCUUCCGUCGCGGUCAAUCUGCCAAAGAAGGGCGCUGCUUAUACGAAAUCCAACACACGAAUGUUGGAAGAAGCCGAAUUCGAAUCGGUGACCUUGCCCCUGGUGAUCGCGUGGACCUCGAAGGACGGCCAGGUCUGGAUUUCCCUGAACCUCGACCCCUGCCCCCAACUCGUCCUCCACAACUCGACCCAGUUCCCCCUCCUCUACGUCCAAGCAACUUCCGGCGCCAUGGCGUCGUCGUCGACCUCGUCGCCACCGACACCACUCCAGCAGACGGACCACUUCCAACAGUACCUCGUCCUGCCGCCCAACUGCAAAGGCUUCUACACCCUCCUCCCCCCCAAAAAUGGGGGGAAUUCCUUACUCGCGGGAUGCUCAACCCCGCCCCCACUCGCGCCCCUCCUUCUCACCAAGUUGCCGCAAGACAUUCGCGACUUCAUGGCCGCGUUUCCCUUGUCGCCCGACUCGUCGACGGAAUCGAUUCAAGAGCAGCACGACUUCCGCGACCAGUUGCGCUCCCAUCUGCGCAAGUAUCGCGCAAGGAAGAAAGCGCGGGCGAGUUUGGGGAGUCAAGAGGGGGAUGAAGAGAGGCUAAAUUCUGGGGAGGAAGAAGCGCACCCGUGCGGAACCAUGUUGCUGCCCGGGUCGGGGAUUUCGUGGAGCAAAGUGCUUCACGUGGAUGGCGAGGUGUCCCAGUAUUUCUGUCUCGGGGAAUAUGUCGAUGCGAAGAUUUCCAUUGAAAGGAUCGGCUUUUGUUACUAUGUUUUCAUUGAAAACAUGUCCGGGAUUGAAGUUGCGGCGAAAGACGUGCGUCGUCGGAUCGGUACGAAUUCGCCAUCGUGUCCCGCGCCGCCCGCAGACUCGUCUCCCGCACACCACCUCGCGCUUGUGGACUCGACCCUCGUCGCGCUCUCCUCUCCGCUGAGAGACACUUUGCGCGACGCGAUUUCGACGACGACAUUUCCGCCCCCACCCUUCCGCCUGCACUGCUACUUCCCCAAGAUGGUCGUCAUCGUGACGGAGGACGGGACCGCGGCGACGCAGCGACGCCAACUCGUCUGCCUCACCAUGGAGGACGUCCUCCUCGAACAGAUUCCCGUACAGGAUGAAAAACGAUACCGCGCCCUGUUCGACCGCGGCACGGGAAAAUUCGCACGGCGAGAAUCGUACACUCUGUCGCUGCAGGUUUCGAACAUUCAGUUGGACAGCCCGUCCUGCCCGACGGAGCACGCCUGCGACUUCCCCGUCAUCCUCACACAGCGCGACGACUACGAACCCUGCGGACCACAAGUCGCGAGCUGGAGGCAGUACAAACUCUUUCGCGAACUCCAUUGUCCAGACUUUGCCCCCAUGUUUUCUCUGACGCUGACGUAUUCGCAAUCGUCGCUGACGUACUCGUCCAUCUCGUCCGUCUCCAUGACGACGAAGCCCUUCUACCUCAACGUCGAAGACCGCCUGCUGGACGUCGUGUAUCCCGCCAUCCUGCGCAUCGCCACCCUCGCGCGGGAAGAAUUCGCCCUCGCGACCAAUUUGUCCUCGCGCCCCGCAUCCGCGGCCCUCGAUCCGCUCGACCUGGACGCCCUCCACGUGGCUAACAUGACCCCCACGCCGGCCGCGAUCUGGUCGCUGCUCACGUCCUUCGCGCCACCCCUGCUGUUCUCGACCAUCUCAAUUUCCCCGCUCUCCUUCUGGGUCACGUUGCGGAUCGCGAAGCCCUUCUAUCUCGCGGUGGACCAGUCGCACGUGAAUGUGCCAAACUUCACGGCCUGCUCCGUGACGACGACGAGUUACCAUUUGGGCGCCGCCUUGUCGACCCAUUACACGUCCGGGGCGCUGUUCCAGGUCGGAAAUCCGGUCAGGUUGAUCGGUUCGUUGGAGUUGCUAGGGUCGCCGGGGAGUCUUGUGGAGCGUGUGGGAAGUGGUCUGAAGGACUUUGUGGUCUACCCGUAUCAGGGCAUCUUCCAAGGGCCGACCGGGUUCUUGACGGGGUUGGGACAUGGAGUCGGGUCUCUGGCGCAGAGUAUCACGUCAGGCACGUUAACCUCCAUCACGAACUUUGCGUGGAGCGUGUCGCGGAACAUUGACCGCUUGACGUUGGACGAGGAGGAGCAGUUCUUGUCGGAAACGAACCGUCGCGUGGCGCUCGCCGGAUGGGCGGACGGACUCAUCCAAGGCCUCACCGGAUUCGGGAUUAGACUCUUAGGCGCGGUCGGUGGGUUAGCGCAUCAUCCGAUACAGAACGUGAUUUCAGGAGAGACGUCGCCACCGAUGGCCGUGUUGCAGGGCGUGUCUCGCGGCGUGGUGGGCAUGGUCACGCGCCCCAUCGGAGGCAUCGUGGAGCUAGUCGCGAUGACGGGACAAGGCGUGCUCAGAAGUGCGGGAUGGACACCGCAGUUUAAGGCUAAAGGUGAUCCGGUGGUGGAGGACGUUUGGAGCCGGGUGAAUUCGCUGGUGAAGUACCAAUUCGCCCUCGUCGACGCCCGCGCCACCACCACGACGGGGGACGACGACACGGAGCGGUUUCUUCUACUGGUGGAUGCCUCGCAGGAUAGCGGGGAUGGGGGGACAGGGAACCGAGGGGGGUAUAAAGCUGUCUCUCUCCUACUUUCCAAUCUGAAUUUGUACUUGAUUGAUGUGAACGAGGACAUGUCGAUAUCUCACUUUCCCCUCUCGCUCCUCUCCUGCCAAGAAAACAACGAGGACGAGGACCGCACCCUCCUCCAGAUCAAAACCGUCCCACUCAAACACACCGACGAAUCCAGCUUCGCGACGGAACGUCUCAUCUCCUUCGUGACGUCGUCCUCCUCCGCUAAGAAGAUCGUUCCUCUGGGGGAAGACGUCUUAUCCACCCCGUCCCGACAUGGCGCCCCAUUCACACCGGUGGAAUCCUCGACGACCACGCUCUUAUCGCCGCCACAGCCGCCUCGCGACACUUUCGACCUGCUCGUCGUCCCCUCUUCCCCCGAACCGAGUGAAGAGCUCCCCUUCCUCGAAACACGGUCAGACGUGGCGUCCACCUCGACGCAAAUGUACACCGCCUUCGGAGGAAGCAACUCGUCGACCAACCCGCUCAUCAAGAAUGCGAAUCAUGUCGUCAUCCCGCCGCCGGGAAUGGGAGCGGGCUCCAUGCAAACGUUAUUCAUCUCCCCGCACGUGAAGGGGGGUGGAAGUGGGGGGGACAAGGAUGAAAAAGUUAUUGGAUCCUUUCUCGUGUCGCCGCAAGAUAAGCAAGAGUUUCGCAAUGUGUUGGCAUCCCUGAAAAGGAAUUUGGACGAGGAGGAGCAGUUAUUCAGGGUGGAUGUGUAACGGAGGGAGCACGUGGAUGGAAAAAAGCACGUGGAAAAAGCACGUGGAAAUAUUAUGAAAAACAAAUCGUCUAAAAAACACGUGGGGAAAUAUUAUGAAAGAAAAAUCAGCCAAAUUCCAAGUCUGUUUAUAAAAUCGUCUAAAAACCACGUGGAAAAUAUUGUGAAAAAAUAAGUCAUGUAAAAAACCACGUGGGAAAAUGUUAUGAAAAACGAAUCAGCCAAAUUCCAAGUUUCUUUAAUUCUGUGAUAACUAAUGUGAGAUUUAAAAAAUCUGCCGGUUUUUAUUUCUCUCUCUGGUGGAAAAAUUAUGUAAAAUCAUGCAAAUUUAUAUAUACUGGUAAAUAUCUAUGCAAUUGUCAUUUAACUCUGUGAUAAAUAAAUAUAUAGUAGUAUUAUUACGAAA